GCACUCACGGUGCGAGAGACACUCGAGAGGCUGCCUCGUCUCCGGACGUCUCAUUCAUCCAGGGGCCGAGGUUCGUGGCUUUUUGGACAAAAAACUCUGGUGACUUUCGGUAUUUCGUUUUUCCUCCUCGAAACUGGUUUAUUGAAGUCUUCGAUCCCUAUCAGGAACUCACGCAGGCCCCCGUAGACGGUAUAAAUAUGGCUGUGAUAAGUGACGGCGCUUUGGACGAGAUACCUCUUCAGGGUGAAGACAGUCCCGAGUUCAGGAUCCUCAUGGCUUACGCCAGCCGUUCCCUGCCCGCCAGCAAAUUACGGCGUCUGCAGGGCCUGGCGGACGGGUCAGAGGAAGAUUCGGACGCCAAACGGAUCCCAGGUACCGAGGAUCUGGUGGCCAGAAACGAGGAGGACCGCAAGGGCCACGAAACCUCAAAGGUCUCAAAGAAGAAAAAAAAGAAAAAGUGGCUACGACGAAUGACCCCAAAGUGUCUGAAGGCGGCAGAAAUGAGGGCACAAGGAGGAGAGGGGGAUACAAACUUUGAGAACGUCGUCGCCGGAAAACUGCGGAGGAUCGUGACGUCACAGCUGCGGAAGACGAAGAGCGAGAAGGUCGUCUUCAGGACUUUGAGUGUGGAGGAAGAUGGCGAUGAUGACGAUGCGUUAAUUAAACAACUUGUGACGCUUCUGAGAGACGAGGGGGACAAACUGGAUGAGAAGAUACGAGAAAACAAAACCCUCCUCCAGCAAUUCCGCCAGGCGUUCUCGUACGUGUUCCUAGAAGGGCUGGCGAACGUCUACGUUACAGAAACCGUCCCGGAUUCCGAGCCGGAGCCGCAGGUGAAGAAAGUGGCCAUGUGCUGUGACCUCGUCGCCAAACUGACGGCUUUGGAGGUGCAGCCGAUGAACAGAGUGCUCGGAUUCGGAGCGCGGUACAUGCAGAGCCAUUACGCCACGUUUAUCCAGAGCCAAGGAGGAUGGGAAGAGUUUGCUAAGGAAAUUCAUCCCGAUGAGGAGGUCGAGUAAACGCUGCUGCAGAACUCCGGAUUUUUAUCGAGUGAAGCCCCUCUCGAUGGCCCAUGAUCACCGACCUCUGGAUAGCUCAGACUCGGGCAUCUUGGAUCGAAGCCGCAGGGUUCCGAAUCAUCCGGAGACGCGUCGUCGUGCCAGCCUAUUCCGAUAAUUUUGAUUAUUAACGACCGAUGCAGAAUAAUCAUUUCAUUGCAUUUUAUACAAAAAUGUUUGGGAAGGUUCUCCCCGGGUUACUCCGAGGUCAGUGAAACCCGGCAGGUACCGGACUAAAGCUAGAGAUUCUAGAACCCCCCCUCUUAGAUAAGGGGGGGGGGUCACCCGUCCCAAGUGUUACAAUAAGACGGCCCAGAGGUUUUAAAUAGCAGAGCGGCGAUUGAGCCGGCCGGCUGUGUUUGGGUCUAGGGCCCCCCGAGCUAACCGCGCGUCACUGCCAAGGUUCAUCUUGAUACAGGAAAGGUGAUUAAUAUAACUUUCAAAUUUAAUAAAAAGUGAGAAAAAUG